GACAGAGUCACGAGAGAGUGGGGGAUACCUCAUUCAUUGCAGCAUUAACUCCCCAAACCUAAACACCUCUCUCUCUCUCUCUUCUUCCUCUUGUUCUAUAUUUUUUUUGUUAUCAGUUCAUGAUCUCUUCUCUGUGAUGCAUUGCCCUUCUCUUCUUCAACCAAAACCUGAUGAUGAUCAUGAUGGGUCGUAGUGUUGUUGUCGUCGCGGCGUUGGCGUUCGGGGGAUUCCUCGUGGCUGCGGUCACUGGCUGUCCACCGUCGGACAAGGCGGCUCUGAUGGCACUGAAAUCAAGCCUCACCGAACCUUAUCUCCGCAUCUUCGAUUCAUGGAACCCAAACUCCGACUGUUGCAGCGGCUGGGACGGCGUCCACUGCGACCCGGCAAACCGCCGCGUCUCCGACAUCUCUCUUCGUGGAGACUCUGAGGAUCCGAUCUUCGAGAAAGCUGGUCGGACCGGCCUCAUGUCCGGCUCCAUCCAUCCCUCCAUCUGCAACCUCGACCGCCUCACCACCUUCGUCCUCGCCGACUGGAAAUCUAUCUCCGGAGAGAUUCCCUCCUGCCUCACCUCUCUCUCCUACCUCCGCAUCCUCGACCUCGUCGGCAACUCCCUCUCGGGCAAGAUCCCACCUUCAAUCGGGAAUCUCCGGCGCCUUGCGGUGCUGAAUCUCGCCGACAAUCAGAUCUCAGGCGAGAUCCCGGCGUCACUAACGUCGUUGUCGGAGCUGAAGCACCUGGAUUUGAGCGGCAACAGGCUGACGGGUCGGAUCCCUAACGAUCUGGGUUCGCUGAAAAUGCUGAGCAGGGCACUCAUGGACCGGAACCAACUCAGUGGUCCGAUCCCAAGUUCAAUCGGGCGCCUGGAUCGGCUCGCAGACCUAGAUCUCUCGCUGAACCGAUUGUCGGGUCAGAUCCCGGAGACGGUGGGGAAGAUGCGGGUGCUGUCGGUGCUGAAUCUGGGCGGGAACCAAUUGACGGGCGAAAUCCCGGCGACGGUGCUGAGCAACGGCGGUCUGGGGAUCGUGAACCUGAGCAGGAACGCAUUGGAGGGGAAGAUCCCGGACGUGUUGGGGCCGAAAUCGUACAUGAUGGUGUUGGAUCUGUCGUACAACAAUCUGGUCGGCGAUGUGCCGCGGAGCUUGUCUGCGGCACAGUACGUGGGCCACGUGGAUCUGAGCCACAACCACCUCUGCGGACACAUCCCGGCGGGUACGCCGCCGUUCGCCCGCCUGGAAGCUCCGUCGUUUUCCGGCAACGACUGUCUCUGCGGCGGCCCUCUCCCUUCAUGCUGAGACCGCAUGUCUGGGUUUUAUGGAUCAUUAAGUUUAAAUAAACAUAUAGAUAAUGAGAGUUACCCUAUGUAAUGUAACUAUGAAGGCGUGUAUUUAUCUAAUCUUUUUAUGAUUCAGCCUCUCCAUCAAAUGUUUGUUAAUUUCUCUGUGUGAAAGAAAAAUCUACCAAUAUUCUGAUUUUGGAGUAA